AAUGCUGUACCGCUUGGUACAUCACUACCUGGAACAAGUGCUGGAAAUUUCAUUUUGCACUCUCGGUUGGGAAAGCGCAAAUCAAGUGAAGCAUUAAGUGAUGUUCCAGCUCAGAAGCAGACACGUGACUCCUCUCGUUCUUCAGUGAGGGAGUCACGCAGGAAUAUUCUGAUUGAAGCUGGACAUCCAAAUGCUGUCAUAACUCCUGUGAAGGGCAAAUUGCUAUCUGUGGCUGUGAAGCUAAAGUAUCGCUUGUUUGGACAAACUGAGGUGACACCCACUAUAGAAAUGGGUGUAAUUGAGCCUUGUACACAGGCAGCUUUUCAAAUUGAAAAUGACUCUUGUGCUGUUGAACAUGCUGUUUCAGCAAGUGCAGCAGAUGCUUAUGCUAGCCUUGUGGAAGAUCUUUUUCACCCAUGUGAGGUGUCACCUCAAGUGUUUAUGGAUGUUUCUCAUGAUCCUUGUACUUCUGAACAGGUGCAAGAAGCCAUUCUGGGAGAUGAAUCUGCGACUUCGGUGUGUGAUAAGUGCAAGAUAUUCCUGUGCUUUCUAAUUUCGUAA